UUAUUUUUUUUGCAGCUGCUGGACUUCUUCCAGUACAAGACGAUGAGUCCACCAGAGUCCUGCUGACCUUACAUGGCAUUUGUCUGGCCACCACCCAGCCGCGUUGAUCAACAUGCAAGGUUUCUACUCCAAGUUGGACUCGUCCCCGCUGCUGGGCGCGGGCCUCGAGGGAGAGGGUGCCCCCAUACCCCUCAGCCUGGCUGUGGAGACCGAGAAGGCCCAGGCCCUUUUGCAGACGUUCAGCUCCGCCUCCGUGCUGGCAUCGGCGGGGCUCGGCGUAUUCUGCGUGGCGGCGGACCACGCCCUGCAGCUUCCGCUCAUCCAGCAUCACCUGUGGCUGCGCGCCGUGCUGGACAACGGCACGCACGCUAUGGUGGGCCUGUGGUCUUGGGCCGUGGUCAUCGGGCUCAGGAAGAAGAGCGACGUGUACGAGGUGUUGCUGGCGGGUCUCCUGGCAUCCAUCAUUGACUUGGACCACUUCUACAUGGCCGGCUCGCUGUCACUCAAGGCCGCCGUCUCCCUCCCUCAGCGUCCUCCCCUCCAUUGCUCCUCCCUCAUCCCCGUCGUCUGUCUGUCCCUCCGCUUCCUCAUGUGGCUCGGACGCAUCAAAGACGCCUGGUGCUCGUUGCCUUGGAUGCUGUUCAUUUCCAUGGCGACGCACCACGUGCGGGACGCCGUGCGCCACGGCCUGUGGGUGUGUCCGUUCGGGAACACGGCGCCGCUUCCCUACUGGCUUUAUGUCAGCACCACGGCGACGCUUCCUCACCUGUGCUCUGUGCUCAUGUACCUGACUGGAACCAGAGACGUCAUCUCCACUAAACAUGGAGUUGCCAUCGAUGUGUAGACUGGGUACGAACAAAUGGAUGGCGAAUUGAUGCACGGAAGAAAUGUGGAACAAAAUCCAAACAAAUGAGAGCCAGUCACAGGAACUUUUAACUUUCUUACCUUAAACAUCCCGAUUGGCCGUUUGUAUGUCUUCGCCUUUAGCGGUAUUUAUUAUGUAGUGCAUUACUGUACUUUAUCACAACUACACUUUCUCACAAGUAUUUACUUUAAACAAAAUGUCGUAAGAAGCGUUGCCUACCUUGAGCAGACUUUAAUUGUACAUGCUUUCAUUGUAGUUAUAGUCGAACGAUUCCUUUUGAAAAGUCCAUGUGCAGACGCCUUUGUGUUUUAAUAUUAAAUAGGAAUACCAUUAUUUAUAAUAGAUUACGUUUCAUAAUUAAAGUAUUUACAUUUGAAAGGUGAAACCACUUUAUUUGCUAUUGUUACACUGAAAAACUCUAACUUUACGAAUAACUCAGAUAACAUCUCAUGAUAUAACUAAUCUUACUCCUAAUUAUUUAAAAGGCCUUUGUAGACACACACUGUAGUUUUAAUGUUUUGUCCUAAUUCUGAGCCAGUAUAGAAAGAAGACAACUGUUGUUUUCCAAAAAAAGGCUUAGGCUUUUUUAGGUCUUUUAGCUCUUUUAGCCACUAGAUGGCGACAAGGAACUUAAAGUUGAAUUAUUCCAAGUUUCUUUUUUUUUCUUUAAAGAGCUCUUCCAAGUAAAGAUCAAAAUACAGUUGUAAAUGACUCCAAGUUAGACAUUUUAAUUAAAAUGUUAUAUGUUGUGUAUUUCCGUUGUGUGCAGCGGUACUCUACAAUAAUUUGUAAUGUUAUGAUUUAUUAAGAGUUUAUUCUCACUGCUGUUUUUAUGGCAUAAACAAUAUUUAGGAUUUUUUUUCAUCACACAUUAUUGUACAUAUGUCUGAUGUCAAACUUACUUGCACCGAGCAGGUUCUGUGGACAGGCACACUGAAUCUUAAACUCCCCCCCCAGAAAUAGUUUUCUCUUGAGCCAAAUCUCUUAUCACUGUUUUCAGUAAUACACUUGAAGCCUAUUUUGCACAUUGUGAGUUUGUUUCAAUUUGUUUUAACUGUAUAACGACUUAAGUUUAGUUCUUGUGGGGCAAAACAAUGUAAUGUAAUGCACUAUUAUUUUAAUCUCAAUAAACAACAUCCUAAAUGUG